UGAUCUCUAACCAAUAUGUGUCAGCUUAAAACUAAAAAUUAUAUAAACUGUUCGCAAAGUAAGAACUCACUGGCUGCGAGGAACAUCUAAAGUACUUAAAUCAACAACUCAUAUUUCAAUAGAAGACGAUUAAUAAUUAAUUGGAAGUACAAUGCCAUCUUUAACUCUUAAGCCAGUUUAUGAAAAUGAGUCACCUGGACCGGUGAAGUGUAAUCAUUGCGAUAAAAGUUUUAACCAGCAUUGCAAUUUAAGUUUGCACAUGAAACAAGAGCAUGGGCUAUGGUUUGGUUACAAAUGCAAAACUUGUGGUCAAUAUUUUGACACAAAAGGUGAAAUCAGGCGCCACAGAGACACAGCGCACGCACCUCAAGGUACUACAAAAUGUCCUCAAUGUGACCAAACUUUCAAACGAGCUAGAAAUAUAGUAAGACACAUGCUAGUAGUUCACCAAAAAUCCAAAGAAUUCAAAUGCGAAACUUGUGGUGAAAAUUUUUCUUUGAGAUUUAAUUUGAGACGGCACGUGGAAGAAGUUCAUAAAACGGUCAUUGACUAUAGAUGCAGUUUUUGUCCAGAUGAAUUUGUCGAAAGUUAUCGAUAUGUGCAGCACUUGGAAAAUGCUCACAACAAAUUGACGGAUUUCCAGUGUGAAUUAUGCGAUGAAAAAUUUGAUCAUGGCGAUCAUUUGGCAUGGCACUUAACAGAAGUUCACGAAGGACGUAAAUUCAUUCUGUGCACCCUUUGCAAUGUUACUUUUAAUGGGCAAAGAAGUUUGAAUCGUCAUAUGGGUGAAGUUCACAGUAAGGAUUUACCAUUCGUAUGUGAAGUAUGUAACUCUGGAUUUAAAAAAUCGUGCAAUUUGCAAAGACACAUGCAGGUAGUUCACAAAGAGGGAGAAAUAUUGACGUGUACCGAGGAUCCUGAAAAUUGUAAUAUGUACUUUUUCUACAAAUGCAACUUACGUAGACAUAUCAAAAUAUAUCAUGAAAUUGAGAAAGAAGCUGCAGAUAAAUAGUCAAUUGAUCAUAGUUAUAUCAAUGGUCCUUUUACUCACUAGUUAUUCAAAAAUUCGAUGUCCCUAUUAUGAAACGGAGAAAUCAAAAGGCGAUUUUAAACUUGAAAAUUUGUCAUUUUCAAUAACAUGAACAUUGCAUCUUUGAUGUCAUAUUAUGAAACAAUUUUUGAGGCCUUCUUGAUUAAACCGUAUUUAUAAUAUAGGCAUCAUUCUAAAAAUGGACUAUUUAUCUAAUGUAUGUAUUGUACGAGUGAAAUAAAAUACCUACGAUCAAA